AUGUCGGGGCGCACGACCCUGGCGCUCUGCGCGCUGGCGCUCCUCCUGCAGUCCCUGCCCCGCCGCGCGGCUGCCCGGGAGGAGCUCACGGAGAGUGGAGCCGUGUGGGAUGGAGGAGGGUGUGACUCCCAACAGAACACCCAGGGGACCCAGUGCGUGAAGAUGUUGAGGUCCAACUACACAGAGAAGUGCCUCAAUGGAGGGGUGUGGACAGGAAAUGCCUGUCAGUGCCCCACUGGCUUCACAGGAGAGCUGUGUGAGAAGGCCGUGAUCCGCUGUCAGAAUGGAGGCACCUGGGAUGGGGUCAAAUGUAUAUGCCCCAGCCUCUACUAUGGGCCAAGGUGUGAGACCGUGGUUGAAAGCCUUGAGAUCGAGCAGACAGUCUCCGCCUCUGUUGAAGUGAGUGUGACGGUCACCAGUGAGGAAUACAGCAAUGACCUACAGGACCGGGAUUCCGAGAAAUUCAAGAAUUUCAGUAGAAUAUUCACAGAGCAGAUGAACAAGAUUUACGCUGGUAUCCCUGAAUAUGAGGGAGUUAUCAUCAGAAAGUUGAGCCGUGGCAGCAUAGUGGUGGAUUAUGAAGUCAUCCUGAAGGCCAACUACACCCCAGGAUAUGAAGACACAUUUCAAAAUGUCAGUACCAAGUUGAAGGAAAAAAUCGAGAAUGCAACCCAACAGCAAAUAGGCAACGUUGGCAACUGUUCAGAGCUGUUGUGCUUCAACUCGACUGCCACCAAGGUGGAACCCAUUUCAAUCACCAGCUAUGACCCUAACGAGGAGUGCCGGAAGGCGGGAGGAGAGUACGCAGACUUCUUCACCGUGGAGUACAAGGACGGCAAAUACAACUGUGUCUCACCUUGUAAGGCCGGCUUCAAGGCCUCCAAGAACUGCCACUACGGCACAUGUGAGCUGAGGCAAAGUGGCCCCCGGUGCCUCUGCCUGUCCACAGACACUCACUGGUACAGCGGGGAAUCCUGUAACCGGGGCAUCCAGAAGAGCCUGGUUUAUGGGCUCGGGGGAGCCGGAAUCGCCCUGCUGCUUGUAAUCCUUGUUAUCUUCCUGGUCCUCUCCAUCCACUACCGGAGAGAGGUAGAAAGGCAAAAGGCCAGAGUGUCUCACCUGUACAAUUGGCAUGAAGAGGAAGGCAGAGCAACCCCUGGAACCUUCCGCAACGUCGGCUUUGAUGUUCGUGAAGAACGAGAGGACUACGUCCACCUGGGUUCUGUGUACAGCAACUUCCAGCCCUCCCUGAGGCACAUAGACCCUGAGAGAAAGAUCCAAAUUCAGAGACCCCAAGUGGUCAUGACAGCGUUGUAA